CAUGAACCACAAGCUACAAAAUAUUUGAAUUAAAACAGAAAAGUUGUACUUUUUUAAGACUAUUGAGCUUCUGUCCUAUUUUUGUCUCUUCUCCUCCUUAUACUCAUACAGGCUGUUCCACCACCAAAUUUUGAGAUGCCAGUUUCUAUCCCAGUGUCCAAUCACAACAGUUUGGUAUAUAGUAAUCCAGUCAGCUCACUGGGCAACCCCAACCUUUUGCCGCUGGCCCACCCUUCUUUGCAGAGAAAUAGUAUGUCUCCUGGAGUGACACAUCGGCCUCCAAGUGCAGGUAACACAGGUGGUCUGAUGGGCGGGGACCUCACAACCGGUGCAGGCACCAGUGCAGGUAAUGGAGACAAUUUUGUAUAUCCCAACCUAUUUUUUGGCAGGGUUGGAUAUUCUUGUUAUGAAGGGUUUACGGUGGCAUAAUUCACAAGGUAAAAU